ACUCCGAGCUUUCGCUCUCGCUCGCGCGCGCCGGAGCUCCAGAUCGCUCAGCUCGCCGCCGGGUGAGGAUACUGGAUUUGGACCUGAAGAGAUGGAGAGAGGUGGGUCGAGAGGCAGGGAGAGGAGUGGGUCACGACUGGUGGGCACUGGUGCUGCGAGGAAGGGGAUCGCUUCUCCGGUGCCCAAGCCUGUCGGCCGUGGUCUCGAUCGAGGUAGAGGAGAAGGCAAUGGUCUGUUCAGGAAGGGACUAUAUUCCUCAAAGAUGGCAGUUGAUUCUGACUGUGGUGAUGACUUUCCUGAUGAAAAAAAUUCUAUUGGCCUUGGAUAUAGACAAAAUCCUUGCAAGACCGUCAGCGGAACACCAAUUAAGACACUUAUAAAUGAAGAGAUGUCAAAUGAAUUGGAAAUUAGGCGGCCUACACCAAGUUUGGUUGCAAGAUUAAUGGGUCUCGACUCCUUGCCUUCUUCCAAGGUUGCCAAUAAACCACGUGAUAGGAUGGAAAGUUGCUUUUCACAUGUAUCAUCUGUGGGAUAUCAAGGGAAGCGUGCAACCUGUGAAGAGCAUUUGUUUCAGAAGUCCAUUGAUGAGAAUCAGGAUUUUAAAGAUGUUUUUGAAAUUGUUGAAAUGAAGAAAUCUGAAGAGAGCAAGCACCAGUCAGUUCAAAAGGUAAUAUCAAGCUCACAAAGAAGUGAGACUGAUGUUGCCUUCAUUAGGCAGAAGUUUAUGGAUGCGAAGCGCCUCUCGACUAAUGAAUCACUUCGGCAGUCCAAAGAAUUUGAUGAUGCAUUGGAAGUCUUAGAUAGCAAUAAGGAUCUUUUUCUGAAAUUCCUUCAAGAACCAAACUCCUUAUUCUCUAAACAUCUACAGGGCUUGAAGUGUGCUUCACCCCCUCCUCAUGCCGGUCAUAUCACAAUAUUAAAAUCAGCUAAUGGAACCAAACACGAAACAUCGAAAGUACAUCUUGAAUCAGAGAUGAAUACUGAUAGACGCAGUCAUAUGCAAAAUGGAGAUGCUGCUUACUUAAGGAGACCUGGUCCUGGUUUGAUGAAUCACUCUAUCAGAGAGCACGGUUCUCCUCUUGCACAUAAGUUGUCCACGUCAGACUAUGUCGGGAGAAAUGAAGUCUGCUCACAUGGCACGAGGAUUGUUGUUCUAAAACCUAGUCUUGAGAUGACACAAAACAAAGCAAGAAACCUUCUUCUGCCAAGAUCAACUGAUGAUAUUCAGUUUGGCCACAAAAGACAAAGGGAAGCGCGGAGGGUUGGUAUCCAGGAAUUACAUUCAGAAGGAAGAGCCCGGCAGAGGUCAUCUGAUAAUGUAGAAGUUAUACGUCAUAGGACUAAGGGUUCAAGAGAAAUUGCACGAGAGAUUACAGAACAAAUGAGGCACAAUAUGAGUAAUAGUCGCAAGAAUGUUGCAAACUCACGAUCCAAUUCAAAUAACAGAGAGGAGAGGCCACGCCGCAGAUGUGAAGUAGUUAAGCCUGAGGCAUAUCAGUGGAGUCCCGGUCACUUUCAUUACAUGGACAAUGACACUGCAAGCUCCUCAUCAUCUAAUUCAAUUGAAACAUCUGUGACCAGGGAGGCCAGGAAGCGUUUGUCUGAACGAUGGAAAAUAACCAAGCGGUCUCAACAAGUGGGAAUUAUGCAAAAACCUCCUGGUACUUUGGGAGAAAUGCUUUCUCUCCCUGACAGAGAAAUGCCAAUUAAACCUAGGUUCAUUAUUCAGAGAGAUAAAAAGCUGGCAAAGUAUGAAGUGAUUGAGAGAGAAGGUAGCCCUUCUGGUAUCAGCAGCAAAGAUGGGUGGAAAGAAGGUUGCUCCAGAAAGUUAGAAAGGUCCGUCUCUCUCCCAAAUUCUACUACUUUUGGAAUUCCAAAACUGAGUGGCACGCACAAAGCUGCUAACCAUGGCGGCUGCUAUUUGCUUAAAGAUGUGCUCAACUUGGAAUCUGAUGAUUGUUCAGAGGAAAACAAUAAUCGGAAGAUAUUUUCUUCUCGUAGAGGCCUCAAAUAUCGAAGAAAUAAACCCCCUCAACUUGAUUCUUUUGAAGCGGAAAGUGUAGUACUGAAAAAAGAGAUCCAUGUAAACAAAUUACCAAAAGAUAAUGUUGAUGCGACCCUUAUAUCUGAACCCUUUGAUGACCCAGUUCCCAACGAAAGGACACCCGUGGCUGAAACAUCUUACCAUCAAACAGGCUCCGUUCUUGUUUCUGAUCAUAACUUAACUGAAUUUGGCUCUCCUGUAAGCUCCAAGGAAGCUGAACAACCUAGUCCAGUCUCUGUUCUAGAGUGCCCAUCUGAAGAGAUUUCCAGUUCUGGAUGCUUUGAGAGUGUCAGUGCAGAUCUUAAGGAGCUGCGAAUGCAACUUCGACUUCUUAAGUUGGAGUCAUCAGAUCCUUAUGCCAAUGAAUUAGAGAUAAAUUUUAGUGACGCCGAAAAUGAACAGUAUCACCCUCUUACAGAGACGGCAGAGAUUUUGUUAGCUUUUGAAGAUGAAGGUGACAGGGACUUCUCAUACCUGCUUGAUGUACUCAGUGAUUUGGGUGUUCAUGAAGCUGAAUGGGAUGGACUAUCCAAUACGUUUUAUAUGAGAGAAUAUCCAGUAUGCUCAAAUGCUUUUGAUAGCCUUGAGAAGAAGUACCGCAAUGUCAAGUCAUGGUCAAGAUCUGAAAGGAAGCUGCUGUUUGAUCUUAUAAAUUUAGUUUUAUCCGAGAUCGUCGAACAAAUCAAAAAUCCACACGCAUGGGUAAAACCAAGGAGACUAAUUGGACCUAUGUGCUCCCAUGAUUGUCUAGUUGAAAAGGUAUGGCAAAUGGUGGUGAAGUAUCGAAAGGAAUCAGAGAGCAAAUUAGACGAAGUUCUUGAACUAAAGUAUUUAAAUUUGGUAGAAGGUGUUGAUAUUGUUGGGAUAGAGAUAGAAAGUAUGUUAAAAGAUGAACUUUUGGAAGAACUCAUCUUUGAUUUAAUGCUUGCAGGGUAGUCCCUAGCAAAAACUAUGUCAAAACAAGUUCGUCGAUCCACUCGAAGUGGUCCUUUAACUGCAGAUAAAGUUCUUGCUUUUUUGAUGGGCCAUUGUUUCAAGUUGAGAGUUUUUGCAAUGUCUUUGUAAUUUCUGCGGCUCCGCAUUAUUGUCUCAUCGAUGUAAUACAUAACGAAAUAUUGAUCAGUGAAUGUGCAAGAUCAAAGUGAAGCUUGCAAAAUCUAUUCCAGUGAAUACAAGUAUCAUUUUUUUUUUCA